UUCACAGGUAUACAUAACAUACGUACACUCUUGUUAUCACAUAAAUUUUCCUUUUUCAUUUGGAUACAAAAACUGCUGCUCUUUAUGUGUUCUAUAUAAGCACACUCACCAUAUCAGUCUUCUUAACUCAACCCUUAACUCGCUUCUAUCUUUUUCCUACCCAACAGUUCCACAUUUUUUCUGUCGAAACCUUAAUCCAGCCCCUGUUUUUGUCCACUCGUAUCUGAUCCUCCAAAAGUGAAAGUUCCAAUUUUUGUUGCUGAAAACAGAGGACCCUGUUCUUGUGGUGCAAAAAUGGCUUCCCUCUAUGAUGUGCUUGGAAUUUCAAUUGGCGCAAGCUGCGUGGAGAUAAAAGCUGCUUACAGAAAGCUUGCUAGAACUUACCAUCCUGAUGUUGUGGCCAUGAAUCAGAAGGAAAGUUCAGCUCACCAAUUCAUGGUAAUCCAAUCAGCUUAUUCAACUUUGUCUGAUCCAGAAAAGAGAGCUCAAUAUGACAGAGAUAACAGAUACAGAAGAUCAUUAACUAUGGCUUCCAUGGCAGGAAGAAAUCACACAUUUUCAUGUGCUGCAGGAAGUGGAAGGAAAUGGGAAACCGAUCAAUGUUGGUAGUCUUGUAAAAUUUAUUAUUGAACAUUCUCUUCUUCUUCUUCUUCUUCUUUAAGCAGUAACAUUUCCUUUUCUGCAGAGUUAGAUGAUCUUGUACUCUGUUAGUUCAUCCAUUUGUUUAUAAUAGUUUGUUUUCGUCUAUGAAAUAUGUAACUUUUUGUUAGCACAUUAUAAGG